CAACGAACCAUCGUCUCCUUUCCCACCGGCGACCCCGACAACCCCUACAACUGGUCCCGCGGCAAGAAAACCUACGUCCUGCUAACUUGCAUGGUGCUGGUGCUCAACAGCACGACCGGCAGCGCCCUUCCCUCCGGCGCCACGGAGCAGACGAAAGAAUACUUCCACAUCACGAAUGACAGUCUGCUCGUGCUGCCCGUGUCGAUUUACCUCAUCGGAUACGUGCUCGGCCCUCUCCUCUUCGCACCCCUAUCCGAAACCUUCGGCCGCCGCCCUCUAAUCCUCGGCACCUUCAUCCUCUUCACCGCCUUCCACCUCGGCUGCGCUCUCGCUCCCACCUUCAGCGGUCUCAUCAUAAUGCGUCUCCUCACUGGCAUCGGCUCCUCCACACCGGUCUCCGUCAUCGGGGGCGUUUACGCCGACAUCUACUCAACGCCCAAAGCGCGCGGUCGCGCGGUCACCAUGUUCAUGGCCGCUACGACGUGGGGUCCGUUGCUAGGACCGAUAGUGAGCGGGUAUGUGGCGCCGGCGAUGGGCUGGCGGUGGACGUAUUGGGUGGGACUGAUGAUUGCGGGGGCAACGUGGCCGUUUGUGGUGUUUUUGCCGGAGACGUAUGGGCCUGUUUUGUUGCAGCGGCGGGCAGCUCGACUUCGGCGAGAAACAGGGGAUGCAGGGAUCGUCGCGCCGAUUGAGAUGCAACGACAAACGUGGCAAGAAUUCUGCACCGUGGUCCUCACCCGCCCAGUGAGGAUGUUUCUCAACGAGUGGAUCGUGCUGUUCAGCUGUCUCUACCUCUCGGUCGCGUACGCGAUCUUUUACAUUUUCUUCCAGGCGUAUCCGAUUAUUUUCCAGGGCGUGUAUGGCAUGAGCGCGGGAGAGCAGGGUUUGACGUUCUUGCCGAUUGGAGUGGGAGCCAUGCUGGCGGGAGGGAUAUAUCUGUACUGGGAAAGGUUUCUGGAAAAGGCCAGAGAGCGGGAUCCGAUGCCGGAGUGGGCGGGUGUGGAGGAGUAUGUGCGGUUGCCGAUUGCUUGCCUCGGCGCUCCUCUCUUCGCCAUCUCCCUCUUCUGGCUCGGCUGGACCGCCCGCCCCUCAAUCCACUGGAUCGUACCCACCCUCUCCGCGCUCCCCUUCGGCAUCGGUUUCCUGCUCAUUUUCAUGGCGCUGAUCAACUACAUGGUCGACGCGUACGAGAUCUACGCCGCAUCCGCCAUGGGCAUCGCGUCGUGCACGCGGUCCAUCUUCGGCGUGGUGGUGCCGUUCGCUGCCCGUCCGAUGUAUGAUGCGCUCGGCAUCGGGUGGGGGUGUACGUUGUUGGGGUGUGUGAGUCUUGUGAUGGGAGUGGUGCCGUUUGCGUUUUUGAGGUAUGGAGGGGUUAUAAGGAGUAGGAGUCGGUGGUGUGGGGAGCUGAAGAGGGCGAAGGAGGAGGAG